AUGAACUCCUUACUGGCAGCGACACAUAAGAUGCGCAUUUCACAAACUCCGUUUAAGUGGUGUUUAGAAAUUGGAGAUCCUUUAGAGGUGAACCUAAAAUUGUUGAAAAAGAUGGUUCGUCGAUGGGUUCCCCACCAUCAAUCGUUUAGAGUUAGCCAACAUCUGGUGCCUUUCAAUGUGCAGGAUGUGUUCAUGACUUUAGGGUUAGGAGUUGGGGGUUUGGAAGUUCCUUUUGAUGAAUCAGUUGUGGGUAAAGUUGGUGAAUCCUUUAAUUCAAAAUGUACGAAAUUGAAAGACCUCAUACAUAUGUUCAAUGUGCUUGUAGGUAAUGAUGAUAGUGAGGUAGAUGGGGUGUGUCGCUUGUAUGUAUUAGUUUGUUUUGUGGUGUUCUUUUUUCCCAGGAAGGCAAGAUAUGUGUCGAACAUGCCUUGUUUAGUCUUAGAUGACUUAGACAGUUUGUCUAGUUAUGAUUGGAGUAGUGCUGUACAUAGAUAUCUUGUAGAUAGUCUAAAUAGAUGUAAUAAGAAACUACUUUCUGGAUCGAUUGCUGAUUCAUUGAGCAUAAGUGGGAAUGCUGUUGUUUUGCAGCUUUGGGCGUAUGAACGUCUUGGUUUGCAUGAUGAUAAUUCUGCCAAGGAAUUUCCGCGCGUUAGGCGAUUUUCUUUGUUAAAUUAUACAACAAAAAAAAUAGAUGUUAUGUUUAAGACUGCCGAGGUACAAUUUGAUUGGUACCUCAGUGAGAAUAAUUGUUUAAAUCCCAUCAUACGUCGUGCUUUCAAUUUGGAUGAGGGAUUGAGGCGUGAAGGUUCCAAGCGUGAAGAAAAAGUAGAAGAAAAAGUAGCUGAAAAUGAAUAUGAUGAAAAUUGGCUAUUAUCCACUUUGGAAAAACUGAGAACAAACAAUGCCAGGAUAAGAAAAGUCAGAGAUGAAAUUGCAGCUGUUAGGAAGCUACUUGCUGAUCGUGUGAAGUAUCAAAAGGUGGAACAAUCUCCUUCAUUUCAUGAACAACCUGCAGAUGAAAAACAUGAAGAUCAACAAAAUGAAGAACCUGGACAUGAAGAAAAUGAAGAACCUAUACAUGAAGAAAAUGAAGAACGUGCAGAUGAAGAACCAGCUUGUACCAUGGUUGUAGAAGAAGAAGGAGUCGCCGGUGACCAUCCAAUAGUUGUCGUUGACGUUGGCGAUGGUGUUGAUGAUGGUGAAGGAGAAGUGGAUGUACAACCGUUGAAUGUACUGCCUUUGUACGUCUCUGAGAUUAUGUAUCAACUGUUGAGCACAAGUGAAUGUAGCUCUUUAGGGCCAAGGCAAUGUGUAGACAACAUGGCUUUAAUUUUUGCAGCAACAAUGUUCAUGUACUUUGAAAAAAGGUUGACUGGAGUCAUAAAGAGGAUUGUAUUCAGUCCUAUGUUUGGGACCCAUGUCCUGCACGACUAUAGGAAACGACCAGUCAAUCAACAUGUGUGGCAACUUCUUGACUACCAGCCAUAUUUUCGAUAUGAUCUGGUUCGACUUCAGGCCUUAUUGUCUGCUGAUUGGGUGUUCAUCCCAAUUGUAAGUGAUGGUCAUUGGUGGUGUUAUGCACUGAAGGUCUGCACUUUUCAGUUUUAUGUGAUAGACUCACUUGCCAAUGGUAUCAAAGGACGUUGUCGGAUUGAUAGAAGCAUUGCUCAAAAUAUUCAACGCCUUUGGGGUUUGUUGACGGAUAAACUUGAAGAGACUAAGUGUCCUUUGUUAGUUGAGAAAGCCAACAUCCCAGUCCAACCAAACACAUACGAUUGUGGUGUAAUCAUGAUGAAAGCUAUUGAAAUCUGGGAUGGAGAGGACAAAUAUGAUGGGAAAAGCAUGCCUGAUUAUACAAAUGAAGAGUUGGCUGCGUUUAGGAAAAAGUAUAUAUGUGACUGGAUCCUGGACGAGGACAACGUGCGAAGAUUGGAGACGCUGCAACAUUUUGGAUUACUAUAG